ACCGGAAACCGCGGCUAGUUCAAUUUGAACCAAAAAGAUCUGUUGACAUUUGUCUAGCCACCGAUGUUGUGUUUCAUCAGACGCGAUUAAACCAGCAUAUACAUUCUCGCAAACAUAAAACUGUUACUCGCGUAUAUGUCGUAACUAGUUUACUUUUUUUUAUUGUAGAUAAACAUAGUAAAACUCGUUUAUUUGUAUUAGUAGAUUUGAGUUGUACGUUAGCUAGCUAACUAUAGUAAUGGGACGAAGGCGAUCGGUUCGCCUGGAGACGCCGGUGAGACGGUCAGCGCGGCUUAGAAACUUCUACUGUUAUGAAGAGGAAACAGAAGACCUGAGUGUUGAGACAGCUGACCAGAGCAUUAGGGAGGAUGAAGAUAAAGCAGCAACCGAGAAAAGGAUGGAGGGGGAAGAAUCACGUAAAGCUGUCAAACCGUCCUCUCGCAUCCCCACUUUCCAGAGCUCGCUGGCUCGCAAGCGUACCACUACCCCGUCUGCAGAGUCAUCAUCGCUGCCAGUGAAGACUGAUGGACCCAUUCGAGAGAGCUUAAUAAAAGAGAAAGGAAUCGCCUCUGGAGAGCCAUUGAAAACAAAAUUACCAGUGUUUGGGGACAGAGAAACAACCUUGUCCCCCCGUAUACACUCAAGCAGCACUGAAAAUCUAUCUCCUUCCUGCUCUUCAGGAGACCUCAUAUCUGAGACUCCAGAGGAUGCACCAUUUUCACCCAAACAAAAUGACUCAUUUGAACAAAAAACAUGUGAUGGAAGCUCUGAGGGGCUUGAAGGGUCACUUCAGAGACCCAGUCUGAGAGCAGAAACAGAACCACAUGUGACAAGUUCAAUUUCAGAACCGUCCAAUGCAACGCUUUCUGCUAGUAUAGAAUCUAUCACAAAAGGUGAUGAAGACUUGAAUGUCUCUGCUCCUCAGGAUGAAAUAAAAAGCUCAGAUCUCAGCUUCUGCACUUCUAAAGAGCAUCUACCUAUGCUAAGUGUGAGAAUGGAACCUUCAGAGCAACAAAAACCUUGUGAAGACAUGGAUAGUGCUGUAGAAGACUCGGAAAAGGCAAGUUUAAAAGAAUUAACAUGGCCUCUUGAUGAAGUUAAACAAGAAGUCUUUGAGGAUACUGAAAAGCAGUGCCCUUUGUUAAAGAAGAAUGAAAAACACUCGUCUGAAGUGUUGUCUAAAACACCUCUGAAACAGGAAUCUCUUCAUGUCUCUCAUAAGACAAAGACUGUAGAAUCUAAACAACUAGAACACCAUAAACAUACUCCUAAAACUUCAGAGGCUAGAGGAAAGAGCUUUGCUCUCUUCUGUUUCUUUCCAACUUUUCUGCUUCUUCUGGGAGGAUUUGGUCAACACAUUUGGCUCUAUGGUGUCCCUAAAUCUGUGUCUCACCUAAUGGUGCAGCUUGAACUUCACUGGCUUGAAGGUUUAUGGCUGCCUCAAGCAGAAUGCAGCACAGACUGUAGGCUCACCCUUGUUGAGAGUCUCCCUGAAGGAAUGCACUUCCCCAGUGACUCUCCACACCUGCAGAGCAUUUCACAUACCUGGAACAACCUACUCAAACAAGCAAACAGCUCUGUCGACAUUGCUGCUUUCUACUUCACUCUCAGAGACCUAGACACUGGCAUUACUGACCCCAGUUCCAUGAAGGGCAAAGAACUGUUCAACCGACUGAAACAGCUUCAGUCACGAGGAGUGAACUUGCAGAUAGCAGUUAAUGCCCCACAGACUUCAAGAGCAGACACAGAUGAGCUAGCAGGAACAGGUGCAGAGAUCAGAGAAGUUGACCUUCAGAGUGUCACUGGGGGUAUUGUCCACAGCAAGCUUUGGGUUGUAGACAAGAAGCAUAUGUAUGUAGGAAGUGCAAACAUGGACUGGCGCUCUUUAACCCAGGUUAAGGAGGUUGGUGUUUCUGUGGAGGACUGCAGUUGUUUGGCACAUGAUGCCUUAAGGAUAUUUGGAGUCUACUGGGAAAUCGGUGCUCAGAAAAAUGGAUCCCUCCCACCCUACUGGCCUGGCAGAUUAUCUGCUCUCUCUAGUUCUAAGUACCCAUUCGCUGUUAAAUUCAACGGUGUCCCUGCACGUGUCUAUUUGUCUAGCGCUCCACCUCAGCUGGCCACAUAUGGACGGUCAGAUGAUCUCUCAACAAUACUGUCUGUAAUCGCUGAUGCAAAUGAGUUCAUCUAUGUGUCUGUCAUGGACUAUAUUCCUAUGUCGCAGUUCACAAAUCCACCAAGGUUCUGGCCUGCCAUUGAUUCAGCCCUUAGGGAGGCUGCUUGUGCCCGAGGAGUGGAGGUAAAGCUGCUGGUCAGCUGCUGGAGCCAUUCUCCUGGAGCCAUGUUUGUCUUCCUGCAAUCUUUGGCAGUACUUGGCAAGACUCCCCUAAGCUGCAACAUUCAUGUUAAUGUUUUUGAGGUACCUUCGACACCAGAGCAACUCCUCAUCCCUUUUGCACGUGUCAACCAUGCCAAAUACAUGGUUACUGAUCGAGUUGUUUACAUUGGGACAUCCAAUUGGUCUGAAAAUUAUUUUACCCAUACCGCUGGAGUUGGGCUUGUGGUAAACCAGACGGGCUCUGUGGUGGAAAAGGGACAGCAAACUGUACAGAAUCAACUGCAGGAGAUUUUCCAGAGGGACUGGAACUCAGACUAUUCUGACCCUCUUACUGAAAAUCAUGUGGAAUACUGUAGGCGCAAGAAUAAACUCUGAUUUAUUGUAAAAUGUUUACAGUAUGAGCAUGGUCUAAUAGCCUAAGACAUACAUGCAUCAAUUGCAUAACUGUACAAACUUGCUAUAACCUGGAAUGUAUCCAAAAAUGCCUUUGUUCUGGGCGACAUUUAGUCUUACCAGUAACUCUUCUGUAUUGUAUAUAUUUUAUUCUGCUGUACAUUUUUAUUUUUUAAAUUUGUUUUUACAUGUGUAUUUAUUUUGAUUUGUUUUCUGAAUUGUCUUAAAUCCUGCAUUUCUUGGAUUUCCUGAAGAAACUUUAGUAAACUGUUAGUAAUUCAGCCAAAAAAUGGGCAGAAACUUUAGCAUGUGUGCUUAUCAGAAUGUUUUGAGUGGCUUCAAUUGUUAGGGUGAAACAGACUUAAUAAAACUUGGCAAAUCUGCAUUUCAGUGUAAAAUAAAGGUUUCAAGUCUGUUUAAAA